UAUUUCCUCUAUGUUCAGCAAGUUGUUUAUUUACUUAGUAUAUAUAUACUUUGAAAUAUUGACGAUCAUUACAGUAAAAUUAAAUAACUUUAUUCAUUUACUUUAAUUCCUGUUAUGGUUCAGACUACUCUAAAACAAUAUUUGUGAUUUUAAUUCUAGAAAUCAUAUAUUAUAGUUGGUUGUGAAAAAAGUAUUAUAUAAUAAGAUAGUUUAACAUUAUGGAAGAAUUUGGUCGUGAACCAUGCCCAAUGAGGAUAUUGGAAGAUCUUGGUGGUGCUUUUGCUAUGGGCCUUAUUGGUGGAGGUCUUUUCCAAGGAGUGAAAGGUUUUCGUAAUGCACCAACUGGAUUCAAUCGUCGAUUAAAUAGUGCAUUUUAUUCUGUUGCUACAAGAGCUCCCAAUAUUGGUGGCAGCUUUGCUGUUUGGGGUGGUUUAUUUUCAACCAUUGAUUGUUCAUUAGUAGCUAUACGGAAAAAGGAAGAUCCCUGGAAUUCUAUUGCUAGUGGUGCAUUAACUGGAGGUAUUUUAGCAGCUCGAAAUGGUGUUCCAGCUAUGGCAGCUAGUGCCGUUUUUGGUGGAUUGUUAUUAGCUAUGAUAGAAGGAUUUGGAUUAUUCUUUAUGCACAUGUCAGCUGAACAAUUUAGACCUCAACCACCUAUCUUUGAAGACCCAACUAAUAAUAAUACUGGCUAAUUAAAUGAUUCUUAACUUAAUUCCUCACUGUUAGACAUUUUGAUUUUUCUUACCAUUUCUUUAUGUAGUUUAUGUUUAAUCAAUAUAUUUAUAUUGUAUGUA